AUGGCAACACGUGGAACCGUGGGCUCCAUAUUGGCCCGCGAGCGCCAGUCCCUGGUAGAGAACUCCCCAGAAGUACCCCAGUGGUCUCGACAAAAACGCAACGCCGAGGACUUCUCCAAUGUGCUCUUGGUAGCCUUCGCAGCUCAGCCAAUUGAUCGCUUGGUCCAUCCCCUUAGUGGCAACUUUUUCACUCAAGAGCACGAUUUUGUACCUUACCUAAUGCGUGGCUCUGCGAUUUCCUUUUAUAGCAUGGCUGAGGUUGAUGUUCGCUUUGACCUGGUGGUCUCUAAUUGCCUCAGCGGCACUGGCCGCAUGCGUCCGAAUCACUUUGUUGGCGAUGAAAUUCCUCGUAAAUGUACUCGCGACCCAACUCUAGUAAGUCCUACUCUAAGUUUGGGUCUCAUUCCACUUGUCAGUAUUAUUUCAUAG